AAUGAAUGAGGCUACGCAAGUGUUGAAUAGUGCGGUCAGAGGAGCCUCCUAUAACAUGCUGAUCCAGUUUCUAUCUCGUGUGAUAACAUUUUUGAUGAAUGCUUACGUAUUGCGACACAUUUCUGCUGAGCUACUGGGUGUUGUCAACAUACGGCUUACUCUUCUUUACACCACAAUUUUGUUGAUAUCUCGCGAGGCAUUUCGGAAAGCGUGUAUGAAAAAAAUUGAUGGCGUUCAAUGGAGGCAGACGAUUAACCUGUUAUGGUGCACUGUCCCACUGGGAGUUGUGACUGCAAUUGUUCUGUCUUGCGUUUGGGUGUUUCUGUUGGACAAGCCGUCGUCUGAUUACUAUGUGUGGGGAGUGAUGGCGUAUUCGCUGGCUGCUGUGUUGGAACUAUGUGCAGAGCCACUUUGGAUUGUUGCUCAGGCUUUUCUCUAUGUUCGGCUAAAGGUUGCAUUUGAAGCCUUUGCUGUAUUGGUUCGCUGCGUUGUGACGUUUUCUCUGUUGUUUGUGAUGCCAGAGUGGGGACUGAUCAUAUUCAUUAUUGCUCACCUUUCAUACUCUGCAGUCUAUGUGAUCAUGUAUUUUGGAUUUGGAGCUCAUGUGCUGUCAGCGGAGUUUCGUCGAAAGCAGGAUGAUGUGCACCUUAGCUCAUACUAUGAUUUACUUCCUCAGUUUCAUCGAUCACAGUCAUUCUUGAAUACUCAAAGUGCUCAUUUAGUUUUGAGUUUCUUUACUCAAUCAUUCCUUAAGCAAGUGCUCACAGAAGGUGAAAGAUAUCUGAUGACAUUCUUUGCUAUUUUAUCAUUUGCAGAGCAAGGAAUUUAUGACGUCAUCAACAAUCUUGGUUCUCUAGUAGCUCGAUUUAUUUUUCUACCUGUGGAGGAAAGCUUUCAUUUGUUUUUUGCAAAUACACUUAUUCGAGGUGUUCCACAUCACCAGCAGAAAUCAGAUUCUCUUCAUAUUGCCAGCAACACACUUUUUGUGUUGCUGAGAUUUGCCUCAUUGGUUGGCUUUAUAAUCCUUUUUUUCGGAUACUCGUAUUCGUAUCUCUUACUGGAUCUUUAUGGCGGUGAGGGGCUCAUCGAAGGAUCAGGGCCAUCGCUUUUGAAGUGGUAUUGUGUGUAUGUGCUGAUUAUUGCUAUUAAUGGAGUGACAGAGUGCUUUGUGUUUGCAACAAUGAGUCAGAAGGAUGUUGAUAGAUACAACGGGAAGAUGAUCUUAUUUUCUGUUGUAUUUCUGGCUUCUGCAUUGUUUCUAACUCAUUACGUUGGUAGUGUUGGCUUCAUCUGGGCCAACUGCAUUAACAUGACAGCGAGAAUUUUGCACAGCAUUCAUUAUAUUUAUGAUUAUUUUACUGAAUCUGGUGAACAACCACUGUUGGGUCUCAUGCCAUCGUUACCAGUAUUUCUGUCAUUGUUGAUAUCAGCUAUUGUCACAGCUUUAUCAGAGGUCUGGUUCUGUAAUGGUUGCCAACUAGACGUUGGAAAUGUAAUUUUCCACGUCAUUAUUGGUUUGUGCUGUUUGGCUGUGACAGCAGUAGCUAUUUUUAUUAAAGAAAAGCGGCUUGUUGAGUUUAUUGAUAGACAUUUUUUUCCUAAGCGCAAAGACUGAAAUUUACUCGGUGUUUGUGUCACUUGAUUUAAUAAACACGUGACUCUUUGUUU